CAACACUGUGUGGUCGUGUCGACGAGCCUGCUCCGACUCCCAUGGCGGAGGGAAACUUUCGUCGGAUUUGAUGUCAAGGACGAAGGCGAAGGAUGCUCAACGUUCGCGGCUUUCUAUUUCCAAAGGAAUGGAUGACAUAUAUAAGGUCACACAUAGAAAAAUUUGUGCGGUGCAUGUCGCCACCGACGAGCGACAUAUAAGACGGCGACUGGCUCUGAGCUCGCCAUCGAGGCAAUUAAUGGCGACACUUUCCCGCCGGCGUCUCUCAGCUUGGCUCCUCGACCGCGUGGCUCAGGCACCGCCGGGUUCGAUCCUCGCUUGGCGCAUUUCGGUCGUCUUCAGUUUGGAACUUGGACGUUGCCAUUGAACUCGAGGGAUUCAAUAUUCUGAUUAGUGACAUCUUCCUAUUUUCCCCGCGACUUUACGGAAGGUCGGCUCCAGACAAUGCCGUAAGAGCUUGGCUACUGUUCGCAAUCUCUUCAUACAAUGGUGGCUAUCAUGCGUACUGCGACUGUUCGCCGAACACCGUGACAAUGAUCGGAGGUGAACGGACUACUACAGAAAGAAUCAUUCGAAGACUUAUGGCGAAGGCCGGCGUUCACGCUAUAAUGAAAGCGGGAUUAAUCCCCACUGUUAUGAUGACACCCUGCAUCUGUCAUUGUCAAUAUGUUCACGGGCGGACGGCAGUUAUUUCGACGUGAUGUCCCUUUGAUAGUUAGACGUUACCACGUCCAUUGCAAUGGAUACAAAUAGGGAAGAGGACUCAUGCUUGGGAUACCCUUCACCGCCGGUUCGGUUAUACGUUGUCUCUACUUUGCGCCCACUGUUCGCUCGAGUCUUUCAACAAGGCGUUCGUCAUUCGCUUGAUUUCUCCCACAUGUACUCCCGCUCGACUGAUAGUGUCAGUCAUCCUUCUUGGAAUCUCAUAGCGGGACCUCCAUUCGUAGGGUUCAUCUUGAACUGGGGUUUGCUUGGAGUUCUCUUGGUGCAAGUCUACAUAUACCAUAUUUCCUUUCCUAAAGAUCAGAUUUUGUUCAAAUGCCUUGUAUACGGCAUAUUUAUGCUCGACACCCUCCAAACAUGUAUGCUCACAGUAGACAUGUUUGACAACUUCAUCUACCGAUGGGGAAGCGCGGGGAGCUUCUCAACCAUUGGCAUGGGGUGGUUUAGCUUCAUUAUACUCGGUGGAAUUAUAUCCGCUGCAGUGCAGCUCACAUUUUCAUGGCGUCUUUGGAUAUUAGCCAAGUCCAAAGUAUUGACCGGAACGGUGGCUACCCUUGCGUUGACUCAACUGGGCGGGUCUAUCGUUGGUGGUGCUCAACUAAAGUCCUCUUCCGGUACAUCACAACAAAGUCGGUCAAACGUCGCACUCACAGUAUGGCUAGCGGGAAGUGCACUCGUAGACGUCAUUAUCGCAAUAGCGAUGACCUUCCUUCUCCUAAGGUCGAAGAAGAAUCAUAAGCUUGUUGAAUCCAAACUUCAGGGCCAAAACCAACUAAGUCAUUCGUUGAUAAACCGUCUAAUCUUCUUUGUCGUAGAGACGGGAACGAUGACAGCCACAGUUGCUAUUGUUGCCAUUGUCACGUUCCUUGCGAUGCCUCAAACGUAUGUUCACGAAUGCCCAGCCAUCAUUCUAGCUAAGCUAUACUCAAACACCCUGCUAGCAGGCUUCAACAAUCGAGCAAUGAUGGAACGUGUCGAACCCGAACAGCGCAAGUCAAUAGCGAUAUCCUCUGUCAUAUUCACACCCUCAGCAGACGCACCAGCGGGUUUCGAAUUUGUGACACCUGGCCAGUUGGAAUCAGGUUUUGCGGAGAAUAGGAGUCUGGGCAGUAGUAGCUUGAGAUCGAGCGGCCUUGUGAUUAGUGUGAGGGAUGUGAGGGGCUCGGUGGUGAGUACGGGAAGACUUUCGACGCCAUCGUCGCAGAAAGCAUGACAAACAUGAGCGACAGCAUUUCUAUCCAGUUUGCACGUUUAUUCGGGUAUUCAUUUUAUUUUGACCUGAAGCUUAUUAGCAACAUGUUCUAUUCAUACAGUAGUCCAUCAUCUACUGAAGUGUCUGUGCUUCCUGCUGGCUCAAGGACAUACAUAUCAUGGGGUUAAUUAUUGUAGCUUUGCCUGGGUAUUGAUUAUUCCCGAGAAUUAGAGCAGUGGCACUCUAUGUUGGUCGUUCUCUCGGAAAAAGAGCACAUGCAAG